AUGAGCCCCUUUCGGAUUGUCUAUGGGAAGGCGUGCCACGUCCUGAUUGAAAUUGAACAUAAGGCCUAUUGGGUGGUUAAGCAAUGCAACAUAGAUUUCACCAAGACGGGUAUAGCUAAGAAAUUGCAACUAGAAGAACUCAAAUGCCUUAGGAUGGAGGCUUAUGAGAAUGCACGAAUCUAUAAAGAGAAGACUAAGGCAUUUCAUGAUCACCAUAUCCACAAGAAAGAUUUCCAAGAGGGUGAUGAAGUUCUUCUAUACAUCUCAAGGCUCAGAUUCAUGCCUGGAAAGCUCCGUUCAAGGUGGGAAUGUCCCUUCAAAGUGAAGGAGGUUAAGCCCUAUGGUGUAGUAGAAUUGUUUGUCCUCAAAGUGAGGCAACCUUCAAGCCCCUUUAGAGUGAAGGAGGUGAAGCCCUAUGGUGUGGUAGAGCUAUUCCACCCUCAAAGUGGUGCAACAUUCAAAGUGAAUGGCCACAGGGUAAAGAAGUAUCAUGGUUAUAAGUCACUAAAGGAAGUGGAAGUGUUCCUUCUUGAAGAUGUACCCAAAGGAGGAGAAACUUAA